AGGAGAGAGAGGGAGAGAGGCAGCUACGGAGGUCCACAGACAGAGGCGACGUGCAGAGUACAGCGCAGCAGACUGGCCACUGACGCUGCUGUCGGAUUGAACACACAUGCACAGACGCACACACCCCUGAGGAGUGCAUGAGACAUGCCCAGGCUGCCGUCCAUGGACACACACACACUGGCAGGGCACCAGAGAGGAAAUACAGCAGACCCCCGAGCCUGAGGAAGCAAUGGACAGCAGCAUGUUCUUUGAUGGCAGCGCUCCGGCGACUGGAGAGGGAAGACAGAAGACGGACUGAGAGAAGGGGGAACUAAAUGUGUGGGCCAGGCUUCUCCUGCCAUUGAAUCAUCUCAUAAGCAACACUGUGCCUGCUGCAGUCAUUCCACAUCAGCUAUUUGUGACGGCAGUUUUCAGGAUGAGUACAUCUGUUUUGGAGGGAAUAAACAUCAUCGCAGCAUCAGUGGUCAUCUGCAUGCACACACCUCGUUCUCACCACACCCUGAUUGUGAUUACAAGAAGACAUUUCAUUUGCAAGAAUCCCAAGCCAGCAGUCGGUGAACGACAUGUAAAAUCCCUGAGCCCAUUUGCCAUAAUGGAGGUCAAAAUCUUAACCACCGGUGGUGGUGCAGAUGCCAUUAAAAAAUAUUCCAUUACAACUAAAAGACCUGCAUUCAAAUGUAAUCCACCGAAAUUAGAGAUUGUUAAUUGUGAGUAAUAAUAAAAUAUUAAAUAUUCUGUGUUGCACUGAAGUGCAAUGAGACAAUAAAAAAACUCGUAUUUAUUUAUCUAUUGAGCAUAAAUCUUCAUUCUUGAUGUCAGGAUCAGUAUGUGUGACAAAAAAAAUCUCCACUCAAGGUCCACUUACCGGCAUUUUUUGUGGCCUUUCAACAACAUUUCCUUGGUUUCAAUCAUCCGAGAUGUGUUCAAACGUUCAAAAAAAAGGUUGUUGUUUUUUCCCCCCAGAGUUAAAUUAUUAAAGGACCCGUGUGUUCUAUAGGAGUUAGUGGCAUCUAGAAGUGACGUUACAGAUCACAACCAACUGAACACUCCUCACCUUCUUUAGAAGCUGUAUUUAGUUUGUCCUUUCUGGGCUACUGUAGAAACAUGGCCGUGCAACACGGUAAACUCCAUAAAGGGGACCUGCUCCCGAUAUAUGUAUAUAUGAAGAACUAAUUCACAGGUAUAGAAACCACAAUGAUUCUUAAUUUCAGGUGAUUAUAUACUAAUGAAAACAGAACUAUAAUAUUGUUUUCCCUUUUUCUGCUAAUAAAUCCUCCUCAAUCCUACACUGUGGUCCAUUACAACCACAUAAAAUGGAGAUAUUGGGGGGCUUACAUGCAAUCAGCGGCAUUACAAGCUGCUCUACGAGCCGCAAAAGUCAGGAAUGUCUGUGACCUUUGUGCUCCAAAUGAGAUGUUGCACAGUACAAAUGGACAUUGGGACACAGAUUGAACACACACGCACAAACUCUGAAGAUUCACUGCAGUUCAACGUGUUGCCUUUGCUCUGCCUCAUUCAGGUAACGCAUGUCAAAAUGGCCUCUUGCCGGCCCUGCUGCGUCCCACCCUGCCCGCCGUCCAGACCUCACUGGGCAUGAAGCAGUUUCUCCCGUUUCCACUGGAGACAGCCUCGGCCGUCAGCCUCUUCCCAGGAUUCAGCACGAUGGACCCGGUGCAGAAAGCCGUCCUCCAUCACACCCUCGGCCUCCCUCCCACCGCCAAGAGGAAGCAUGUCUCUUGCAGCGUUUGCCAGCUGAGGUUCAACUCACAGAGCCAGGCCUUGGCCCACUACAAGGGGACCAAACAUGCCAAGAAACUAAAAGCCCUGGAUGCUCCAAAGACCAAGCUCAAAGGCUCAGUGGUCACCAAGGAAACCACCAAUCAGGAGAUCACCAAGGGUAUCAACAUCUCGCAGGUCUCCAAUGGCACCGACAGGAAAGAUGGUCUCCAUGGUGCAGCGCCCUUACCGCUGUCCCCUGUCCUCAGACUGGCACAACCUUUGGCAACCCUCGCAAUGCCAGUGUCGACGCCCGUGGCCUCGCCGAUAGUCCCGAACAGCACGGCAGCAACAGCCCCAGAGUCUACCUCAGCUGCUGGAGGGGACGAGAAGCAGUCAAAGCUCAACUCACCCUCAGAACCAGACCUGGAGCCGGAGGCCGAACCCGAGGCCGACGCGGAUACGGAAACGGAGGAGGAGAAAGCUGUACGCCUUCUGUACUGUUCGCUCUGUAAAGUGGCCGUCAACUCAGCGUCACAGCUGGAGGCUCACAACAGUGGUACGAAGCACAAGACGAUGCUCGAUGCCCGGAGCGGAGUGGGCUCCAUCAAGUCCUUCCCCCGGCCGGGAGUCAAAAGCAAACUGGCCGCACCCGUCAAAUCAGCGACGGGCCUGCAGAACAAAACGUUUUACUGUGAGACGUGUGAUGUGCAUGUCAACUCAGAGACUCAGCUAAAACAGCACAUCAGCAGCCGGCGUCAUAAAGACCGAGCAGCAGGUAAACCAGCCAAACCCAAAUACAGCCCCUACAGUAAGCCGCAGAAAGGCCAGACCAAGCAGCCGAUCACAUUGACCUUGGGGAAGGAGCGCCAGUGUCAACCUCUGACCGCCCAGAUCAUCCCCGCUCACCUGGCAGCAGUGGCAGCAGCCAUUAGCAACUCUUUCACGCACCGCGCGAACCACGUCACGAACCACGCCACGACCCCCGCCCUCUUCCAAACACAGUCCCUCCCUGCUGCACUGCUCCGCCCGGCCCCUGGGCCUGUCAGGACCUCCCACCCGCAAGUCCUAUUUGCCCCUUAUUGACCCGUUUGACCUGGGCGGAGCUGCUCCACCUCCUGUCAAGGACAGAAAUAUGUGCUUUCACCCAAGCCAGGCCAACGAGUCGUGUCAGCACCUGUGCUCCUUCUAUGCAUCUGGGAUACUGAACAUCUUCACGCCGAGAUCAAACCGCUCACUUGUCCUCAUACGGAUUAUCCUGCAUUUGAAGCUAAACUGAAGGACAGCGAAGCAUUGGGCCCUUUCUCGUGGUGAAUUUAUUUCUCUAAUCCCACUGAAAACCUGGACUAUCCAUCCUGCAGCCAGACCGCAGACUUGGACCUACAUUGUACCGCAAUAAUGUGUAAGACCAAUCCCGUGAACUAUGCAGUGUCAUUAUUUCAUGUGAUGUGAGGCACAGUUUGAGCUAAAAAAGAAAUAAAAUUGGUAGGGAUAUGCUUUUUGUACAGAUACAGCGUGGCACUAAGAUCAUCGCUUUAGUGGAGGGAAUACCGUCGCUCGUUAUUCAAAAGGCUGUUACUGAUCAUAAGAGCGAGCAAGGCCCUUCUCUCUUCCUGUAUGCACUUUAAGCCCCUCCUCUGUUGAUGUCUACAUUAGAUGGCUAGAGUGUGCUAGAUGGUUAGAGUAUGUGUCGUGAUGUGUGUUUUAGUAUUUGUCCUUGCAUUAUCUGUAUGUGUGUGUGUGCAAGUACAUACUUCUGCAUGUGUGCUUGUCCGUGUGUGUGUGUCUCUGUGUGUGUGUGUGUGUGUGUGUGUGUGUGUGUGUGCGUGCGUGUGCGCCACCAUAAGCCAUGCCAGUCAAUAUCCAGCACACAUUGUCACUGAUCAUGUCUCAGGCCAAAGGGACCACAAAGGCUUGUGUAUAUUUACUGUCAGUGUGUAAAAGGUGAACAAUUUCAAAUAAAGAGUCAUAAUUUGUUAA